AGAAGUACUGGGCAAAGGGCAGUGGUUCAUUAAAUGAGGCAACGGUCAGGUGCAAUUCGAUCUGCACUUCUGGUACCAGAUUUUAACCAAAUCUUCGUGAUAUAUGACUGAAUAGAGAAGAAAAUUUAAAAGAUUCUUGAUAGAUAUCCUGGAAGAGGCUAUAUGAAAAUCCAGCCUUUAUUUCAGAAACACCUGCAAGACUAUUGGUCCCACAGGUAUGGAUCUUUGGCAGCUGCUCUUAACCUUGGUACUGGCAGGCUCAAGUGAUGCAUUUUCUGGAAGUGAGGUUACACCAGCUACCCUUGGCAAAGCAUCCCGGUUUCUGCAAAUAAUUAAUCCAGGCCUGAGGACAAAUUCUUCUGGGAAGCCUAAAUUCACCAAGUGCCGUUCACCUGAACUAGAGACAUUUUCUUGCUACUGGACGGAUGGAGAUUACCAUGAUUUAAAGACCCCAGGAUCCAUCCAGCUGUUCUAUGCUAGAAGGAUCGCCCAUGAAUGGUCCCAAGAAUGGAAAGAAUGCCCCGAUUAUGUCUCUGCUGGAGAAAACAGCUGUUACUUUAACUCAUCGUAUACCUCCAUCUGGAUACCCUAUUGCAUCAAGCUAACUAAAAAUGGUGGUAUGGUGGACCAAAAGUGCUUCACUGUUGAUGAAAUAGUGCAACCUGAUCCACCCGUUGGCCUCAACUGGACUUUACUGAACAUCAGUGUGACCGGGGCUCAUGGAGACAUCCAAGUGAGAUGGGAUCCACCACCCAGUGCAGAUGUUCGGAAGGGAUGGAUAAUUCUGGAGUACGAACUUCAGUACAAAGAAGUAAAUGAAACUCAAUGGAAAAUGAUGGACCCUAUGUUGGCAACAUCAGUUCCACUGUACUCGUUGAGACUAGAUAAAGAAUAUGAAGUACGUGUGAGAUCCAGACAGCGAAGCUUUGAAAAGUACAGCGAGUUCAGUGAGGUGCUCUAUGUAACACUUCCUCAAGUGAGCGCAUUCACUUGUACAGAAGAUUUACAGUUUCCGUGGUUCUUAAUUAUCAUCUUUGGGAUAUUUGGACUAACUCUGAUGCUAUUUGUAGUUAUUUUCUCAAAACAGCAAAGGAUUAAGAUGCUGAUUUUGCCCCCAGUCCCAGUUCCAAAGAUUAAAGGAAUUGAUCCAGAUCUUCUUAAGGAAGGAAAAUUAGAGGAGGUGAACACAAUCUUAGCCAUUCAUGAUAACUACAAACCUGAAUUCUACAAUGAUGACUCCUGGGUUGAAUUUAUCGAGCUAGAUAUUGAUGAUGCUGAUGAAAAGACUGAAGGGUCAGACACAGACAGACUUCUAAGCAGUCACCAUGAGAAAUCACUUAAUAUCCUUGGAGCAAAGGACGAUGAUUCUGGGCGCACCAGCUGUUAUGACCCUGACAUUCUGGACAGUGAUUUCCAUGCUGGUGAUAUGUGUGAUAGUUCCUCAGAGUUUGCUCAGCUGCAAAGUUUAAAAGCAGAAGCCGAUCUCUUGUGCCUUGACCAGAAGACUCAAAAGAACUCACCUGUUGAUGCUUCCCCUGCCACUCAGCAUGCCAGCAUCGCCCUAACGGAGGAAGACAAACCACAACCACUUAUUAGUGAAGCUGAGUCAAUCCACCAACUUGCUUCUACCCAGAUAAGCAAUCCUUCUUCACUAGCGAACAUCGACUUUUAUGCCCAAGUAAGCGACAUAACACCAGCAGGAAGUGUUGUCCUUUCUCCAGGCCAAAAGAUUAAGGCAGGAAUAGCCCAGUGCAACAUGCAUCCGGAGGUGGUCACACCCUGCCAAGCAAAUUACAACAUGGACAGCACCUACUUCUGCGAGGCAGACGCCAAAAAGUGCAUCGCAGUGGCCCCUCAUAUGGAAGUCAAGUCCCGCGUAGACCCAAGCUUUAACCAGGAAGACUUUUACAUCACCACAGAAAGCCUUACCACUACUGCUGGAAGGUCUGAGACAGCAGAGAUUGCUCCAAGCGCAGAGAUGCCUGUCCCGGACUAUACCUCCGUUCACACAGUGCAGUCUCCAGAGGGCCUUGUACUCAAUGCGACUGCUUUGCCUUUGCCUGACAAAAAAGGGUUCCUCUCAUCGUGUGGCUACGUGAGCACAGACCAACUGAACAAAAUCAUGCAGUAGCCUAUCUUCUGUUUCCCUUAGCAACAUCUUUCGUGGCAAAGAAUUGGCUGGGCAUGAAUGCUUAAACCAAAACUAUAUUUUAAUCUUCACUGGGAGAGUGUGAGGGUGGGUGUGGAUUCUAAAUGCCUUUUCGUGAAAUGUUUAAACAUUAUCUUAAAAUGGAAAAAUAAGAAUGCUUAAUCAGAUAGAUACUCCCAUCCUGAAUUAUAAAUAUUUUAGAGAAUUGUCUCUCAGACUGUUUAGUGGCAGUGAUUGUCUUAUAAUUGUGGGUCUUAAUUUUGUGAUACUAAGCAUUAAAUAGCUGUGUUUUAAUGUAUUGUAAAUCAUGCUUUUUGAAAAAGCAAAACAAUCAGGUGGCUUUCGCAGUUCAGGAAAUUGAAUGCAAAUUAUAGCACAGGCUAAUUUUUUUUUCUUUCUUAGAUAACUAGGAACUAAAACUCUAGGUGAGAAGGUAAAACUAGUUUGGAUAUAUAAAACAUUUAUUUUGACAUAAAACUGAUAAAGAUAUUUUUAAUAACUUACACUCUAAGCAUGGCUGUUUUAUAAUACACUACACACUGUACUGUAGUUCACAGUCAUCCAUCUAAGGAUUUAGCAACUACAGUGUAAAGUUGGCUUAAUGCUUUGGUCAGUGCCCCUAAAGGAAAACAAACAAGUUAGUUUUUUACAAAGGCCCUUUUUAUACUUCCCAAAAGUUCUUAAGUCUAAAAUAUCUAAUAUCCUGCAUUAUUGGAACAUACUCACUUUAAAUUUUUAAGCAAAUAUUUUUUUAAUUUAGAAAACUUUAAAAUUUUCUCAGAGAUCAGUAAACCAUAUGAUAAUUACAGAAAUAAUAACAAUAAAUAACGUUCUUCAUCAAAUUUCAGUUCAAACCAGAUAAUUACAUGCUAAAAGAAAUCCAGGUGAAGGUGGCUAAGGUUGGUCAGGAUGCUGAACGGCUGCAAAAGCUCGUGGAGUGAGGCUUUAGGAGCAUGCAGAUCAUAAGAGGCUCCAACGCUUCUUCAGGGCCAGCUCUUCAAACACAGCUUGGUUUGAUCCCACAGCAACCUGAGAAUGAAUAGGUACAAGCAGAAUUUCAUAAAUCAAGCAGAUUGAAGUCGACCAAGUCAUAGAACAGAAAGUUGAAGACCUAGGUCUUUGUUUCUCAGCCUACAGCCACACACAUAAUAUGUGUCUAUUCAUAGUAAUAAGGAAAAGUAGAAAUGAGUUUUCCAUCACAAAGGAUAACUCAUGAUUAAUUAAACCAAUUGCAGAAACUUUCUCAUCAAACUUUUUAUAGUAUUUUUUUUUUUCAGACAGGGUCUCCUUGUAGCCCCAGCUGUCCUGGAACUCACUGUGUAGAAUGAAACUCACUAUGUAGGCAUGGUGGCUCACACCUUUAAUCCCAGCACUUGGAAGGCAGACGCAGGCCAUUCUUUGUGAGUUUCAAGGCCAGCCUGGUCUACAUAGUGAGUAUUUUUUAAAGUAGUAAGAAUAGUUUCAGCAUCUCUUAUUUCCCCUUCUGGAAAGAUUGACCUAAAACAAGAUAGAAAACAGGGGGGCUACAUAAUAAAUAAAUUACUUUCUGAUUCCUUAAUAACAUAAACAUAAUUAUUUGUGAUAGCUCCCUAAAAGAGUUAUGAGAGAGAGAGAGACAGAGAGAGAGAGAGAGAGGGAGGGAGAGACAGAGAGAGAGAGAGGACUCCCUACCCACUGAAGAAAACAUCUCAGUUUAAAUAUUUUUUAACAGCUUAAAACUUUAAAGUUAGCUUUAACUUUCAAUAGUAUUUACCAUUUUAUGAGACCUUUGUGAGAAGCAAGCUUAAUAUUUAAUAACGUUAAAUUUCCUUUCUCGCAGGAAAGAUUGAAAAAUCUAGAAUUGGUGUUUAAAGUUCAACAUGCUACUUUGUAAUAGAUUUGUAAUAGAUUUUCUGCUAACUUGCUGCUACGGUUUUUCCCCAAGAGCUGCAUAAUUUAGUUUCAUAUAAAAUAUCAUCAACUUAAGAUUCAAUUUCAAUGGAAAGCUGUGUGUUUGGACAAACUAUCUUACCAUUUCACCAUAGGCUGAUCACAUUUCUAUAUCCAAAUAUAGCUAAAUACCUCAACCAGUCUCAGAAUGUCAUUUUGGUACUUUGCUGGCCACACAAGCCAUUAUUCACAGUACGACUAGUUGUGUCCUGCAAUCUGUAUUUAACUUUCUUUAUGUCUGUGGAUUUUUCCCUUUAAAGUUCAAUAAAUUUAUUUUCUUGGA